AUGUCAGCUACAGAAAAGCAAAACCAAAGCCAUGUUACAGAAUUCAUCCUCCUAGGAUUUGGUGAUUUGCCCGUCCUUCAGGUUCCUCUUUUCCUCCUCUUCCUGGUGAUCUACAUGGUGACAAUGACGGGGAACAUUCUCAUCCUCGUGUUGGUGGUGGCUAACCAGCAUCUCCACACUCCAAUGUACUUAUUCCUCAGUGACUUAUCCUGCUUGGAGACGUGCUACAGCUCCACCAUCCUGCCCAAGCUGCUGGCCAGCUUCCUGACAGGCAACAGAAGUAUUUCCUACAGCAGCUGCAUGGCACAGUUUUUCGUAUUUGCUUUUCUAGUUGGGGUAGAGUGUUACCUGCUGGCAGUGAUGUCUUACGAUCGAUACUUAGCAGUAUGCAAACCUUUACAUUACAUCACCCUAAUGAAUCAUAAGCUUUGCAUAGCACUAGCUGCAGGGGCCUGGGUAAGUGGUUUUACAGUCAGCUUUGUUAUCACACUGCUGAUGUCGCAAAUGGUGUACUGUGAUUGCAGGGAGAUUGACCAUUUCUUCUGUGUCUUCACCCCUGUGAUAAAAUGCUCCUGCAGCGAUACAUUUCUGACAGAAGCUGUAACAUCUUUGAUGUCUGCUACGUGUACUAUGCUGCCCUUUCUUUUCACUGUAGCAUCCUAUGUUUUAAUCAUCAUCACCAUCCUGAGAAUCCCUUCAGCUACAGGGAGGCAAAAGGCGUUUUCCACAUGCUCCUCUCACCUCAUUCUGGUCACUGUUUUCUAUACAACUCUCAGUCUUGUCUAUAUGUUACCAAAAACCUACAGCUUCACAGCUUUUAAUAAGUUGUUCUCUGUCUUCUACACUGUAGUGACACCCAUGGUGAAUCCACUUAUCUAUACCUUAAGAAACAAAGAAGUCAGAGGUGCCCUGAGGAAAGAAGUCCAGGCAUUUAUGGGUUUAUAUAAAUGA